GGUGCUGCUGUUAUCAGCUGCUUCUCUGGCUCUGAAAACACCAUCCCUUCAUCUGGAAAAGAUGAAUUACCCAAAUUCAUGGCCAAUGCUACAUCCAAGCAAGGGUUUGCUAUCUAUGUGGAUGAACCGGAAGAGAAAGAAAACUGCAGCUGCCAAGUGUCUGAACAGCUGGAAUCAAGCUUGUGUGACCUGGAUACUAGUGCAAUGACAUCCAAUAUUCACCUGCUGCUGGAUCUGAGUACAGGUUCUCCUAUGGUAGUGGACACAUCCUUCCAGUCCCAGCCUGAGGAUCACAUGGAAGAUGCCAUAACUCUGACCGUGGAUGAGUAUGUAGAAGACAUUCAUCAGUACCUCAGAGAGGCUGAAGUAAGAUUCAGGCCCAAGCCCUCCUACAUGAAGAAACAACCAGAUAUCACCACAGGAAUGCGUGCCAUCUUGGUAGACUGGCUGGUGGAAGUGGGGGAAGAAUAUAAACUACGAACAGAGACUUUGUACUUGGCAGUGAACUUCCUGGACAGGUUUCUUUCCUGCAUGUCUGUUCUCAGAGGGAAGCUGCAGCUUGUAGGAACAGCAGCACUUCUUCUGGCUUCUAAAUAUGAAGAGAUCUACCCACCAGAAGUGGAUGAAUUUGUGUAUAUAACUGAUGAUACCUACACAAAGAGGCAGCUGCUGAGAAUGGAACACCUGCUUCUCAAAGUGUUGGCUUUUGACCUAAUGGUUCCAACCACCAACCAGUUCCUCCUUCAGUAUGUUCAGAGGCAUGGAGUCUGCAUGAGGACAGAAAACUUUGCAAGGUAUCUUGCAGAGCUGAGUCUUCUUGAAGCUGAUCCUUUUUUGAAGUACCUCCCUUCACAAACUGCUGCAGCAGCCUACUGUCUAGCAAACUAUACUGUGAACAGGUCUUUCUGGCCGGAAACACUUGCUGCAUUCACUGGGUAUUCAUUAAGUGAGAUAGUGCCUUGCCUGACUGAUCUGCAUAAAGCAUGCCUUGAUGUUCCUCAUUGCCAACUGCAAGCAAUUAAGGAGAAGUAUAAGCACCCAAAGUACCUGCAGGUGUCUCUUCUGGAGCUCCCAGCAGUUCUUCCUCUGCAAUAGAGACUGUGGAUCCAGCACUGGGGGAUUACUUCAUGCCAGUCAGCAAAGCUGGACUAACACUUCAUAGAGCACUGCAGGUCAUGUGUUUGUAGCCAUAGCAAUAAGAAUGUUUUUAGCUAUUUUUAAAUUAGAUGCCUUUUAAAAAGAUAUUAGACUAUAGCUCUGAAUAUAACUGACAGCACUUUUAAUAAAUCUUAUUACACU